AUGUCAUCGUCUCAACCACACCAACACACCCACAAUCCACAUAGUCUCUCCAUCAACUCAAUGACUUCAAUAAUUGAACCUACAACUCCACCAAAUCACUCAUUGUCUUCAAAUAAUAGUACCAAUAUAAAUUCCCUACAUUUCCCCCUGCACCAACAACAACAACCACUUCACCACCCCAAAACACCAGCUACAUCCACAACUGCUUCCUCCAACUCAUCAUCUUCAACGGCAAAUACUUCGUAUAUGCACAAUCGCAGUUUAUCGUCAAAUGGGUCGUUUGCGAAAUUUGGUACUCAUCCUAAUAUAGGCAAAUCAGUAUUGUGGGAUUCGUCAAACAAAUUGAACCAUAACUUAAAUUUACCUAAUUUCAACAUUGACAAUGAGGUAAUAUCGACUCCUUUAAUUGUUCCUUCGUCAAAUCAAGAGUCUGUUAGUUCUCAAACAUCAACUCCAUCGUCUCAAGUCUCCUCCUUUCAAAAAUUAUCACUAGACACUACCAACUAUAACUCCACCACCACAACCAGUAAUAACAAGCAUAUAAAUAUUAGCGGCGCCCCUCAUAACAAUGACGGUAACAGUAUUGACGAAAAUGCUACCCUCAAUAUCGUCAAAGAUAACAAGGGCAAUUACAAACUCGAUACCAGCACUGACAAUAAAGAAAAUUUGUUGAGAAAAUCGUACCAUGGUAAUGACAUUGUUGUUGGAAUUGGUUCGGAAAGUCUUAUGAAUGUUAUUGGUGAUGUUACAUCCAACUCAUCGGCAUCAACACCACCAUCAUCAAUAAAUUAUGCAGUUAAUUCUGUUGUUGUACCACCUAAAAUUGAUAAAGAGUAUCUCGUAUCUAUCAACAAGUUGCCGCUCAUUCAAUUGAAGCUGGAGAUUCUAAAGCUUGCCAAAGAUCAAUAUGGAUGCCGGUUUUUGCAAAAAAAAAUUGAUGAGAAUUUGAUCCCCAGUUAUCAAGUAAGGGCCGCCAACUUUGAGAUUAUAUUUGAUCAAGUGUAUCCUUACAUGUGUGAAUUGAUUGUUGACCCUUUCGGUAAUUACUUGGUGCAAAAAAUGAUACCGUACUGUAGUGAUGCCAACUUGGACUUGAUGUUGGAAAUUUUACAGUACAACCUUUGCCAAAUAUCCAUCAACCAGCAUGGAACAAGGGCAUUACAAAAGAUUAUUGACAAUUUGAACAGCACAUCACAAUUGAAUUUGUUGAUCAAGGGCUUGAAGCCAUACAUUAUCGAGUUGAUUAGAGAUUUGAAUGGGAACCACGUCAUCCAAAAGAUACUAAACAAGUACGAACCACCAAAUUGCCAAUUCAUUUAUGACUCCAUAAUUGAGGAUUUAUAUACCGUUGCGACUCACAAGCAUGGUUGCUGUGUACUACAGAAAUGUCUUAAUCACGUUACCCAACAACAAUUGAAUCAGUUUUCCAAAGCGAUUUUGAAAUUUGAUAAUUUCAAAAUGUUGAUUAAUGACCAAUUUGGAAACUAUGUUUUACAGUAUUUGAUUUCCAUCAACUCUAUUGAAGUUAGUUGUGAAAUGUUUCAAAAUUUCUUCCAAUUCGGUCUCACCAACUUGUGUAAUUCAAAGUUUAGUUCGAAUGUGGUGGAAAAGUUUAUGAAGAAUUGCUACAAUAACGAAGUCGUCGAUGUCGCUUUUGCGGAUUUGAAAUUUGAAUUAAUUUACAAUAUAUUGGCUAAUGAUUUGAAUGUAUUGGUGAAUGACCCAUUUGGAAAUUAUGUCAUCCAAACUAUGCUUGAUAUCUUGAUUAAUCCGCAAAUCAACUACCACAAUGUGUCCAAAAUUUCGUUGCUUUUGCCUAAUAGAGACAGAGACCACAUUGAUCAGGAUAGUGAGCCGAAUAUGCAGAUUGCCAUCAUCAAGUAUUGGUUUCAAAAUUGCAAGAUUGCAUCCUCGUUUGGCAAACGUAUUCAAUCAAAGAUUAAUACCAUUUUGAACAACAAUGGCGCUACUCCUACUCCCUCCACAUCAUUCAGCAAAGUUGGCAAAAAGACUAGCCAAAUGAAUGCAAAUGGCGAGUUUGUAAUUAAUGAACUACAAUAUCAAUUCAAACCACAAAAUUAUCAAAACUUUGCCUCACAUCAACAAUCCCAAGAGUAUCCACCGCAGCAUGACCAACAACAUAUUCAGCACCAAUAUUUCCGCAAUAGUUUGAUGCCCAUGAGAAACCAGAAUGGAAGUACUCUGUCGGUUGAUUACAUCCAACCAAUGGAGAAUGGGUUACAAAGAAGAAACUAUUCCAUGCCAAUAAACUUUUACUCAUCGAAACCUUUUGCCAAUGGCAACACCAACGUCAACAACAACAACAACAAUGCAUUUGGUACAAAAGAGAUUGGCAACAUGUACACUGCUGCAGCCAACAGCAAUGUAAUGAACCCCAACGCAUCUGUAUCUACAAUUCACUCAAACAACUCCAGCAGUGGUGCGAAUCCACCUCCUCCAAAUUACUUGUCUAGUGGAGACAGUCAAGUCACCUUGAGAAAUUAUCCACCAGAGGAUGUUGCUAAUCGUUCAAUUCACCAAUAUCUACCAUACCCUCCCCCACCCAUGAAUAACGGGAUUUAUUACCCACCGCCACCGCCACCGCCACUGGGACCACCAGCACUGUCAGUACAAGUGCAUGCUCAGAUGGCGCCCCCCUUUUAUACACCCAUGAAUGGUUCAAGUCAUCAACAUAGUUUGUCUGUUGGGUCUAUCAAUCAACCACAACAAUGUUACCAGCAACCACAAAACGCUGGUCAUUACACCACUACAAGUACAAGAAACACAACACCACCUACUAAGCAAGUUCCGCAUUACCAACAAGGCUUGGCUGCCUCGCAAGUAAAGCAAUAUGCACUAAACGGUUUACAAGAUUUACCAUCACAUCACUCGCAUAAUGUUUCUUGGUCGUCAUCAUCAUCGAAUCAAGGAGGAAGUGCAUUUGGUACGCCAAGCUGGUAG